UUUUUUAUAAUUUUGAAAGAUGCAAAAACUGUUAAAAUUUUCUUUAAUAUACUGUAGUUUAUACUUACUAGAUAUGUUUCAGUAUAUAAAAAAUUUAUUUUUCUCUUGUAUGUGUAAAUUUAAGAUAUAUUUAGAACAGAUUUUACUUCUAGGAACUAUAAGUAAUUCUUUGACUGUAGAUGGUUCAUAUGAUUCUUUUACACCUGUGGAAGAUAUACGUCAAUUUACAAACUUUUUUAUGUUUAUGUCGACAAUACAAGGUUUUUUAUCAAUACGUCAUAAAGAACAAGGUUCGUGGUUCAUACAAGAACUUUGUAAAAUCUUUAAAACUUAUGGGAAUCAGUUAACUUUUCAUGAGUGCGUCAGAAAAAUAAUGGAAUCUCUACGAGAAAAACAAGGAACAGUAGACGGGAAUCAGAUUGCACAGUUAGCAGAAAUACGAUUGGAUCGUUUGAAAUCAGACUUUCAAUUAAAGCAAGUUGCCUCUAUAGUUUAACUAGAGAUGUAUGUUAUAAAUAUAAAUAAUUUUACUUUAUAAGUUCAUAUUAAAUGAACAAUUCAUAUAUUGAUUUUAAACAGAAAUUUAUUUUUAAAAAUUAAAAUGUUAUACCAAAUCUGAAGGUAUGAGUUUUUAAAUAAAAAUAUUUUAAUAAAAUUUGUAAAAUUUGAUGUGCAAUUAUUUAUCUUCAAAUAUGUUAUAGAGAUAAGUUAUAAAGAAAGAGUGAAUAUUGAAUACAUAUUAAUUUAAAUUUGCUAGAAGAUUAAUAGAUUAAUAGAAGAGAUUGCUAGAAGAUUAAUAGAUAUUAAUAGAAAAAUAGAGAAAAUCAUCUUACUAGUGACUUUGAUUUAUUUUGAAAUAUAUUCAAGAUAAAGUUCCAAGUCAUUUGGAUCUUAACCCUUUCAAGCACGUUGGCAUUGUGGAAUGCCAUCUUUUCCAUAACUAUUUUUUCAAUAAUUGGGGUAGUUUUCACUCAAUUUUCGAAUCUUUUUUUGUGAUUUGGUAUCAGUUAUACAUUCAAGAAUAAGAAUUGAUGUGUAAUAAUUCGAAAUCAUGGAUGAUUUUGUUUAUACAAAUAAACAAACGUUGAAAAAUGGCAA